AUAGUCGUGCGCGCGAUAAGUUUAGUGGCUAUUGUGUUUUUGUGUUCACCAUAUUAUUAUAGUCAGUAUACGACCGUUAGGUUAGUAACUAACUAGUAACAACUAUAGAUUGGCAGACACAUAUUUCAAUAUUUGUAGGAGCGUUCUGUUCAUACUGAAAACAAACCAAAACGUUUUAUUAGGCAAAUUUUUUUAAAAACUAUAUUUUGUUUUAUGCGUUAUUAAAGCCAUCUAUUAUGUAUCCAAGGAGUCGACGCCACACUAACAGCGUAUUCUUGUUACCAGCUAUAUAUUUUUUGUUGAGCUUCAACGUUUUGAAUGCUUCAGACGAAAAAUAUGUUAAAGAACAAAAUGUCACUAUUUCACUGCAUUCCCACAAAAACAAUUGUUUUGAUGAUUAUGAUAUUACUACAAUUUAUAGAUUCAGGGAUAUGUAUUCGCCGAUUAAGUGUUCAACAGAACAAAUAGACAGUGUAAUAUAUUCUCGUGCCCCUGCGUUAAUUUGUCCCUGGGCCCUAAGAAUUUUGGGACGUCUCUGUUCGAUUGAAAUACAUUCAAGAACAAAUGCCAUUGGGAUACCGUUGUCAAUAGACAAAAUACUUUAUGACAAUAAUUCAACGUCGGAUAAUGUCUUGCAAAUAAAUAUCGAUGAGUUUUAUAAAUACGGAUUUAUUCAAAAUAAUAGUCGUAUGGACGUUUAUUUUGAUUCAAAUCACUGGAAACGAUCAACUAUUGUAUCUACGGGAGAAGAAUGCGAGUUCGACUAUGUUACUCCAAGUAAUCCUACUACGAAUUAUACAGAAUACAACCUGAAUGAAUGUAUUAAAACAUUAGAAUAUAAAUAUGAAAGACAUUAUUAUCCAUACACGGCAAAUGAGGAUGUUCAUCAGACAUUUCUCACGGUUAAUUGGAAGCCAAUUAAAAAACAAAGUUGCAUAUCAAUUACAUAUUUUCAUAAUUUAGAUUCUGAUAUGGAAAUAAUUAUGAGUAUAUUCAAUGAAAAUGAAAAUGAUACGAUAAUAACUUCACCAAUAUUAGAAAAACAUGAUAGUAUAACAACAUUAAAAGUUGACAAUAUGGCUCUUAUUCAAGAUCAGAAGUAUAAGAUAUUAUUAAAAAGGAAAUAUGGUAAUAUGCAUAACUAUUACGGAUAUAACAGUAAUUUUGGAAAUUGGUUCAAACUCAUUCGGAUUACCCAAUGUUCAGAUAAUGACGAAGAAGAAGUCAGAGUUGUUUCUAUGAAUGAUAUUGCUAAUUAUUGGUGUAAACCUCAGGAGCCUUUCUCUUGUACUACUCCAUUACUUCAUAUACUCGGAAAUGAUAAUACUAGUGUCUGCGACAAAUUGACAGUAUCCUCAACUGAAUCUUGUUUAAAUGGAGGUUUCAUGCAAUCAACAAGAUCAACGUGCGUUUGCCCUCCUGGAUUUAAAGGACAAUUUUGUGAAAUAGGAUGUGGAUCUAAUUAUUAUGGAGCCGAUUGUAAAGGUGUUUGUUCAAUGCAUGACAAUGAAAUGUGUCGUGGAUUAUUAAUGUGUACACAAUUUUAUGGCUGUACAUGUCCACCCGGUCUAACUGGUCUAUUUUGUGACCAAGACUGUAUACCGGGUAAAUAUGGUGCAGAUUGUAAACAAACAUGUUCAUCGAAUUGUCAUAACAAUAAAUGUGACCAAUAUACUGGCAUCUGUUAUCAAGGAUGUUCAGAAGGAUAUUUACCACCGUACUGUCUACAAAAAUAUCCAUACCUCAUUAGUCCACCUAAACUUCUUUCAAAUGAAUACGAGGCGAUAGAGAUGGAAUUGAAUUUCAAAUCGGAUAAUGUAAAAGGAGGAGAUAACAAUAUAAAGUUGAAAUACUAUCAAAUAUUUUAUAAAUCAAUAAUUGAAGAGGAAUUUACAAAAUCUGAAAUUAAACUAAUAAAUGAAACUAGUAAUAGAACCACAGUCAUUCUACAUGAUUUAGAACCAGAUACCACGUAUAUAAUUGGUGUUCUGGUUAUAACAGAUGAUGGGAAUUUCAAUCGUAAAGAUAUAGUUUUUAAUCAAUAUAAGACAUCAUGUAUCCAACCUUAUAUUACUGAUUAUAACAUUCAGUUAAUCAGUGGGAUAAGAAGCGUCAGUAUACAAUGGGAUAAAAUACAUCUUAAACGAUUAGAAUGCAAUAUAAUUGAAUAUUUUUUGACAUUGACGUUUAACCAAUCACAAAAUCAAAUGACUGGUAUUGAAGAAAUAAAAUCAAGUUCCAAUUAUAGUGGCCUCACAAUAGGAAAUCUUUAUCCUGGAUACAAUUAUAGUAUAUCUCUGACUCCUAAGACUAAUAAAGGACUAUUAAUUUCGUCACCUACUUAUUCAUUUACUCCCCUAAUAACAAAAAACGACGUCAUUAUUAAAGAUAUUGUUGCAACUACGAUUGAUAAUAAAAUUAAAAUCUCCUGGAAAUUAGUAAAUGCUUACCAACACGACACAAUAGUUGUAAAUGCACCUUUUACGUAUGUCGUCAGAUUCAAACUGCAACGAAUUCUCAGUUGUUCUCUGGAAAAAUUAGAAAACAAUUGGACGUCAAUUAUAAUUUUCAAUCGAACGAACUAUGAAAUAUCCGCGGUACCUAAUUCGCAAUAUUGUAUACAAGUUACAGUUGCUAAUGAUGGCAAGAAUACUCAACGAGGAGCCCAGAUUUACGCAUUAACACCAGCAUCAAGUCCACAAACUGAACCCAUUUUUGACCUUGAAUACCCAAUGUACGUGACGAAUGACUCGGUGUUUGUUCAGUGGAAAAUCGAUCCCGUAAAUUGUUCAAAGUUAAAUGGAUUCUUAUCAACUUUUUAUAUUGAAUUAAAGGAUAUGGUAGAAGACACACUAGAAAUAAUAGAAACUAAACAAAAUUACUUUUACACCAAUAAGCUGAAAUCAAAUAACUAUUAUGAAGUAAAAGUGUUUAUAAAAACACACAUCGGUUAUAAUCUUGAACAUUAUCUGUUCGCCAAUUUUACAACUAAAUCAAGAUAUUUAGCACCAGUUGAUGACUUAGUAGCUUAUAAAAAAAGUCUUAAAUAUCAGUUAGUAGGGCUUCGUUGGUAUUAUUCAGAAGAUGCAAAUUUAGAUGGGUUUAUAGUUUCAAUUAACGAAGAUGGUUUGGGAAACGCAAACAAUAUUUCUAUAAUUGCCCCAACGAAAUGUUCCGCUUGGCCGGAAUACUAUUGCCAUACUUAUCAUAACUUGAGCCCUAUAAACAACUUCACGUUUAAAAUAAAACCAAAGUCGUUCGAUUAUCCUGAAGGUGGUCAUGGGUCGUCCAUUUCAUUUAACUUAAACGAUGAAUUGCCAGACUCACCAAAUAAUUUAAAAAUUAUCGACAUUGGAAAUACUUUUAUGACUCUCCAGUGGGAUAUACCAUGGAUAUUUAAUGGUGUAUUGAAAAUGUACAUCAUUAACGUGGAAGAAAUAUCAUAUAAAGAUAUGAAUUUGAAUUCUGGCAUUCAAACAACAGAAUUACCAAUUUAUGAAGAAUUACCUUCUUAUAAUUAUACGGUCAAAAAUCUAAAUCCUGGCUCGACUUAUUCAAUUGGAAUAUUAUCCGUAUCUACGUCACUAUGGUAUAGUUUUCCGAUCAAAAUUCAAGCAAAAACACUUGUAGGCAAAUAGUUAUUGUUUACGUGACCAAUGUUUAUUAUUUUUAUUAACAGUAAUUUAUAUUUCAUGCGACAAGUCGAAAUCAUAAUAUUUCGCAUAAUUUUUCUUUAUUAUUUAGCUAACACAAUCAUGCUAAUAUUAAGUUGGAUUUUGUGUUAUAUUAUUAAGUGCUUUUCUAUACAUAUUAUUAUUUAUACAUUAUAUUUUGUAGGUUCAUGCUAACUUAUAUUGUAGCGUGUAGACGUUUGAGUGUUUAAAAACGGUGAAACAUUAUACUUAAACCUUUAAGACUUAUUUUAUCAGAGUCAAUAUGUUUUUUUUUAAUAAUUAUUCUGUUAUUUAGUAGAGAACUGAGUGGUUAUUUAAUUGGUAUAAAUAUAGUUGUAGUUUAUAGUUA